AUGGAGUUUGGAAUAGCAGUUCUUCAAGUGCGCGAAUUGAUUGAAUUUCUUAAUUUCACAUUAAGCAGUCCUAAUGCGGCUGUUCGCACAAAUUCUGUCACUGUUUUGGGAGCCUUGUUCGUUUUUGUAAGAUUAGUGGCUGAUAAGGCACUUCCAAAACCAAUUAAACAAGCGAUUGUCGAAGUUAUAAGUAACGAUGAUAGUGGAAAAAAUACUACAGAAGAAUUAUUUCCUAAAGUUGAUAUCACUAGUCGUAUGUUAGAUCUUAAUAUCAAAAUAGUGGAUGGUGAUCAAUCUGCUUUGAAAAUAGUAAUCGUAACAGAACGUAUAGAUAAUUUGAAGGUUGCUAUCCUUUCACCGAAUAAAUUAUUACGUGAUUCAAUAGCUUUUUUAGCAAACCAGCUGAAUGGAAAAGACAAGCAGCAGAAAGGUACCACUGGGCGAAAUGUUUUAAGACAUUUGAAAGAUGAAUCCAAGAAAUGA